AUGGCGUCUGACGGAAUGCCUCCAGCCAAAAGGCUGAAGAGCUCCAACCUUCCGCCACACCUGCGCGAUGCGAAGCGCAAGGACAUCGACAAGUGGGAAACAAAUCGGAUGCUCACGUCUGGAGUCGCGCAACGACGCGAUUUUGAAGGCGACUUUCUACCAGAAGAUGAAGAAGGUACUCGCGUCCAUUUACUCGUCCACGAUCUGCGACCGCCGUUCCUGGACGGGCGCACGAUAUUUACCAAGCAACUGGAGCCUAUCUCGGCCGUUCGCGAUCCGCAGAGCGAUAUGGCCGUGUUCAGUCGUAAAGGGAGCAAGGUCGUCCGAGAGCGGCGUCAGCAACGGGAGCGUCAAAAGCAAGCGCAGGAGGCAACAACAAUGGCAGGCACGGCGCUGGGAAAUAUCAUGGGUGUCAAGGAAGAUGAAGGCGACAGCGCUGUUGCCAUGCCCGUGGAGGAUACUUAUAGAAGCGGGAACAAGUUCGCCCAGCACCUGAAAAAGGGUGAAGGCGGACAAAGCUCUUUCAGCAAGAGCAAAACGCUCCGCGAACAGAGGGAAUAUCUACCUGCAUUCGCCGUGCGAGAGGAAUUGCUACGAGUCAUACGAGAUAAUCAAGUGAUCGUGGUGGUUGGUGAGACGGGAUCUGGAAAAACGACUCAACUGACACAAUUUCUUCACGAGGACGGUUACUCAAAAUACGGCAUAAUUGGCUGCACGCAACCUCGGCGAGUUGCUGCUAUGAGCGUUGCGAAACGUGUGAGUGAAGAGAUGGAGGUCGAUCUUGGCGCCGAAGUUGGUUAUGCCAUUCGGUUUGAGGAUUGCACCAGCAAAGAUACAGUCAUCAAGUAUAUGACUGACGGCGUCCUUCUGCGGGAAUCGUUGGUUCAGCCGGAUCUGGACAAGUAUUCUUGCAUCAUCAUGGAUGAAGCGCACGAAAGAGCUUUGAAUACCGAUGUUCUGAUGGGCCUUUUGAAGAAGGUGUUGGCACGUCGAAGAGAUUUGAAGCUAAUUGUCACCUCAGCCACCAUGAAUUCAGAACGCUUUUCUCGAUUCUUUGGUGGUGCCCCCGAGUUUAUUAUUCCUGGACGAACUUUCCCGGUGGAUCUUCACUUCUCCCGGACCCCGUGCGAGGACUAUGUCGAUAGUGCGGUCAAGCAGGUCUUGGCAAUUCAUGUCUCGCAGGGACCGGGGGACAUACUUGUCUUCAUGACAGGUCAGGAAGAUAUUGAAGCAACGUGCGAGUUGAUCGACGAGCGGCUGAAGAUGCUUAAUGAUCCGCCAAAGCUUAGCAUAUUACCGAUAUACAGUCAGAUGCCAGCCGAGCAGCAGGCGAAGAUAUUUGAACGGGCCCCUCCUGGAGUCCGGAAAGUCAUCGUUGCCACGAACAUUGCUGAAACGAGUUUGACGGUUGAUGGGAUCAUGUUUGUGGUGGAUUCAGGAUAUUCAAAGCUGAAAGUGUACAAUCCACGCAUGGGUAUGGACACGCUUCAGAUCACACCUAUCUCUCAAGCCAAUGCGAAUCAACGUUCAGGCCGAGCAGGUCGGACAGGGCCUGGAAAGGCGUACCGUUUGUAUACCGAGUCGGCCUACAAGAACGAACUAUAUAUUCAAACGAUACCGGAAAUUCAGCGAACGAGUCUUUCAAACACUGUUUUGCUUCUCAAAUCACUUGGAGUAAAGGAUCUCUUGGAUUUUGAUUUCAUGGACCCACCACCGCAGGAGACCAUUUCGACAUCACUUUUCGAGCUCUGGUCAUUGGGCGCGUUGGAUAAUCUGGGCGACCUAACUCCGCUUGGUCGUGCUAUGACUCCGUUCCCCAUGGAUCCUCCGCUCGCCAAGCUGCUCAUCACGGCGUCUGAGGAAUACGGGUGCAGCGAGGAGAUGCUGACGAUUGUUUCCAUGCUCUCGGUUCCUAGUGUCUUCUAUCGUCCAAAGGAGCGACAGGAAGAGUCAGAUGCGGCGCGCGAGAAAUUCUUCGUUCCGGAGUCUGAUCACUUGACUCUUCUUCACGUUUACACGCAAUGGAAAUCCAACGGUUACUCCGAUGGAUGGUGUAUCAAACACUUCCUUCACCCCAAGACUCUGCGACGGGCCAAGGAGGUCCGCGAGCAACUUCAUGAUAUUAUGACAGUUCAGAAGAUGCGACUUGUAAGCUGUGGGACAGACUGGGACGUGAUCCGCAAGUGCAUCUGCUCCGGCUUCUAUCACCAAGCGGCCAAGGUUAAGGGUAUCGGCGAGUUCAUCAACCUCCGGACAAGCGUGAGCAUGCAGCUCCACCCCACGAGCGCUCUGUAUGGCCUAGGUUAUGUGCCAGAAUACGUGGUCUACCAUGAAUUGAUUUUGACAAGCAAGGAGUAUAUGUCGACCGUGACUGCAGUGGACCCACACUGGCUCGCCGAACUUGGCGGUGUCUUCUACUCCGUCAAGGAGAAAGGCUAUUCCCAGCGAGAACGUCGCGUCACCGAACAGGAAUUCAAUCGACGCAUGGAGAUCGAGACCCAGAUGGCCGCCGACCGGGAGCGCGCCGCGGCCGAGAAGCUACGAGAGCAGGAGCGCAACGAUCCAUCCAGACGCAAGAAGGAAGUAGAGGCGGGAUCCGUUGUGCGACGUCCUGCUGUUACCGGCGCACGAAGAAUUGGUGGUGUCACCGCAUCUUCGGCCACGAGAAACGGGACCAAUGGAGCAAGUGGAGGAGGAACCGUGGUCAAGAAGCCACAGAUCAAAAGGAAACCCGGACGAGCAUUUUAG